AUGGCCCGAACCAAGCUUGCCACCGUCUGUGUCGUCCUGGCUUUUUGCACCGCCCUGCGCAGCCUUGCCUUCGUCGGUGCUCCUGCUCCGGCUCCUGAGACACCAAGCCAGCUCCGUGGCACUGCCAUCGAGGCGGCCAGCGCCACAGUGCCUGCGAUUCUCUUGACCCCAGCGGCGGCAUCAGCAGCAGACGGAGAGGGCGUGCUGGGAGUCGGUGUUCUUUGCGCACUAGCAGCCUUCAGCGUCGUCUCCAGUGUCAUCAGCGCAACGGUCACCUCCGAGCUCGACUGA